GAUCAACUCGCACCGCAUGUUGUCUGGCAUUUUAAUCAUUCUCAGACGCAAUCGAGGAGAUAACAUUCAGUGAUUCCUCUCCAAAUACACUGAUGUUGAUAGUGAAAUCUUAUACGUACACAAACACAACCUGAUGACCGUUUCCCAUAACCCUGGGCCCCCACAAAGACAUUUAAAUCCAAUAUUUGCUUCUACAAAGUGGAAAAACUGCAGAUUCAAACGAAGCAAUAAGCCUUCAGAGGUAAUUUUUUAAGUUUAACAUGUUUGUCCUCCUUGUUGCAUAGAUGUAGGUCUCGAACUAAAUCAAUUUCAAGACGAUUAUUUUCCAUAUCGGUCACGUGCCAUCGGGAAAUGACAAUUAUCAAGUGGAAAGGUCUCGAUAGCUCAACCCAUGUCAUUAACUGUCUAAUCCUUUGGCAAGGUAAUGAAGUAAAGUGCAGCUGACACAAUAUGUUGUCCCUUAAGGAAGAAGGUGCCUUAAAGCACGCAAAUAUAGGUUAGCCUCGGAGGAAAUCUUUAGACCGAUUUUACUACCCUUGGGAGUGUGGUAACAACAAUAUCUGUGAGCAUAAACAUUUAUAAACAGCGUCACAAGGGUUGAUGAAAAAUAUGGCCUUGGACAGAAAAGGUGCCGACAUGGUCCGUAAGAAAAUAGCUACUUUCAAGAGCAAGAUACAGGAGGCGGGAAAAAGGACUGAAAAAGCGAAAGAAAGUCUUCAACUUGUACAAGAAAGCUUUGAUAGCACCAGGAGAUCGAAGGCAAGAGUGGAAGCGUUAAUUUCGAAAAAGGAGUCGCAACUAGAAAAAGUCGAAUCUCUCGUCGAUGGUGUACAAAGAAAAUGGGAUGCCUUAAAUAGAUUCCUCGAAGAAAUAACCAGCACAGGAGCUGAAUUAAAGAUGGAGAAUCAUAGCAGUAAAUAUGUCGGCGAAAUCGAUACCACGAUUGCGUCAAUUAAUGAGAGAACUAAAAUCGCUCAGAGGAAGUGUAAAGCGUGCGCUAACAGAGAACACGAAUUGCGCUUGCAAACGGAGGCGUCUCGAGAACGCUGUAUCCGAUUGGAAACCACUGCAAUAUCACUACAGGAAGAAUUAGCGGCUUUGAGAGAACGUGUUGAAGUCUUGGAGCAAUCAAGAAAACUACGGGAAACACGGAAGCUUCAAACGGAACAUUUAGAGAGUAAAGUGCAACACGCCAUUGCACGAGCUCAAGAAAACGAAAACUUGGAAUCUGAACUCGAGAAUCGAAUAAUCGAGUUGGAAGAUCAAAUCGAAAUGUAUACCAUGAAAAAGAAGCGAACUUCAAGUAUCCUGGAACAAACAAACGGUGAAAAGUCGAUCGAACCCUGGACAGUGACACUAUGGCUUCGAAGAUCUAGACUUGUUAACGGUGCCCCGUCUUCAGGUCCUGUUCCACCUACUUCAACAGAAUAAACUAUACAGCACGCAAAAGUCUCGUAAUCUCACGAAGAAUCCGUAAUACCAACUUAUGCGGGAAAGGAGAUUAGCGCGCAGAGCGACAUCAAGACUUCAACUUUUCAUUUUUACGAUCAUUCAAGUACAGCCUUUAAAUUAGUGUCUCGUCAAAAUAUUCCGCAAGACUGCCCAAAACAACCACCUUAAUUUGAUAUUAAAAUUCACGUUUCCUCGAGCGUUGUUUGGUGUUUAUCGAAAUCGGAUUUUUAACAAAAAAAAUUCAAAUUAAGGGUAAUUAUCCCAGCGUCAAAGUCGUCUGAGUGGGAUAUUUUUAGUUUGUUUUAGUCUUGAUAUCGUGAACUCGAUGACCCGGCAAUCUUUUGAAAUUCUUUUAUCCGAGAUAGAAACGCAACACAUUAGAGUAUUACUACAACCACAACACGCCUUCGGAACAAAUACUCAGCCGGGCAAGAAUAACAAAGACAUGCUCGGUUUAAGAGAGUUACAAGUUACAAAGAAAACACGCUUUCCAUUGUUGCAAAUUCCUGGCUAAAGAGUUGAAGUGUAACAUUGUAUUUCAAGUUCAAAUUUCAAGUGUGUCUACCUUCUGUAUUUCAAAUCAAUUUAUGCUUAAUCGUUUCCUGCUUUUUCAAAAUCAAUUGUAAUGGGCUGAGCCGUAAAAAACCAGUCAAUUAUCAAAGAGACAAAGAGCUCAAAGCGAUAGAGAAUAAAAGCUGGCAGUAAUCCAUAUCAUGGAGCUUGCA